UGGUGAAUCCGCGAUCAGCCUUCGUGCAUGGGUGACCUCAGACCGUUCAACGUCAACAAUGACGGUACAUUUUCCCGAGAUACCGCCUUCCAGAUAAUCAAGAAAACAGGAUCUAACGCUUCGCUGAGAUUCAGCCAGGGCGCUCUGAUUGCUGCAUCAGCUGGCAGCGUGACCGUGUCCGUUUGCAUGGCUCAGUUAACAGUGCAGCACCAUCAUAUCUCACCGCAGAGGCCAAAUGAUGCAGCACCGUCGAAGACAGAUGCUAAAUUAGAGGAAAUUAAUAACACGUACCACUGUCGACUAAGGUGUUGCUUAUUUUUCUGUAUCUGAGCGUUAAAGUUCCUCGCAAUUUCCGGCUCCUGGAAGAGCUGGAGGAAGGCCAGAAAGGUGUGGGAGAUGGGACGGUGAGCUGGGGUCUGGAGGAUGACGAGGACAUGACCUUAACACGAUGGAGAGGGGUGAUCCUCGGCCCUCCUAGAACAAGCUAUGAAAACAGGAUGUACAAUCUGAAGGUUGAAUGUGGGCCAGGAUACCCAGAGUCGCCACCGUUUGUCAGAUUUGUGACAAAGAUAAACUUGAAUGGUGUGCACACCUCCAACGGUGUGGUUGACAUGCAUGCGGUGACUGCACUGGCCAAGUGGCAGAACUCCUACAGCAUCCGGAUGGUGCUGCUGGAGCUGCGACGGCUCAUGACAUGCAAGGAAAACAUGAAGCUUCCUCAGCCACCUGAGGGCCAGAUCUACACCAACUGAGCCCCUGCUACUUUUGCCUCCAUCUUUCCCCCACCCUCCCCCAACUCUUCUGUCUUGCUUUCAUCCCUUUAUCCCCAUCAUCCGCCAUGUGACAUUCCACCUCCUGCCAACACCUUGGCUGAGCACGCACGCACACACACACACGCACGCACACAAACGCACGCACACAGGUAUACAAUAACAGGUACAUGCAGAGAUACGUAGACACACACACACACACACACACACACACACACACAACUGUAUACACACUUAUUGAGCAUUCAUGAAAGUCAUUCCAGGCCCCAGCCCCCUCCCUCUCCCAUCACUGGAGUUCUGGGUGGACUUGAAUUGACGAGGCAGGCGGAGUCCUCAGUCCACACCAGAUAUGAUCAUUCGAAUACUGUACAUCUUACUAAUCUUUUUUUAUUAUUAUUUGUUAAAAAAUGCAGAUUGUACAAUAACAUAAAUAAUCUUAUUGAGUGUA